GGGUCCUGGCGUUCCCGCGGGCUUUCAUAUCUGCUUCCUUGGUCGCGUCCCUGGGAGGAAACAGACGCGGCAAACGCUGAAGAGGGGCGGGAAGAUGGAGAAGGUACAGACGAAGACCACGCUGCCCGUACGGGCUGGGGGGUCGUCACGUCAGCGUUGCAGCAGUACGGAAGGCGGCAGGCGGCCGUACGACCCAACGCUGUACAGCCACCUGCCGUCCCACGAGAUUGCGUUGCCUCCGAGUGACGACGAGGGCGACGACCCCCAAUCCUCGACGGUUCCUCUGGGCAGCGGUUCCAAGCAGGAUUGGAUGGGGAGCCAAGUGUGCAGACAGGCACCUACACCGACGUACACUGAUCUGUUGGAGGGGCGGACCCCGGUUGGUUAUGACACAGGACUCGUAGAUCUCAGCUUCGGUUUGAGGUCUGGUAGUGACGAGGACGUGACGCACACCGUUGUCGUGAACCCAGCUUCUGGCACCAACCACACAACGCCUUCGGUGAGGGCGUCGGGCCUUCCGGAUACCCGCACCUGGUGUUCUGGUCAAUCGGGCGACGAACGUGGACUCUUUCCGCGAAGACGGGGGGCAGUGGCCACAGCAGGUGUGGUCGCGUCGAGGACGAGGACACGUGGAUCGGCUCGCUAUGGAUCAACUACGCCAGGCGGCACAAUCGACGGUCGACAGGACGACGAUGAGUGCUCUGCUGCGGAGGUCGUGAGACGAAAGGUUUGGGAUGAUCAUCGGCAACAAUCGCGUGAAGCGAGCACGUCCGGCAUAACGAGAGGGGUGGCAAAGAUUAAUGUGGGGGUGAACGAUAACUUCGGCGAUUGCGAUGGUGCAGGGGGCGAAGAUUGCGCUGCAGACGACGGGGCCAAUGAGAACGACGAGGACGACGACGGGGAGAUGGAGAUUUGUCCAAUAGGGAGGAAGUGGGGAGGGUCAAGGGCCACAAACAAGUGUACAAAACCCCACGCGGAGCAGAGAGGCAAGAAGGGGGAGGGAAAACACCGUCCGCGCAUAAGGGUGAGGCGACGGCGAGCGGCAGUCGGACGGCGGUGGCGGAUCACAGUGGACUCGCUGAAGGUGCGGAACUUAGCGGAAGAGGGGAGGGUCGACGACGUCCGCCGCGACAAUGGGAGAAGAGAUGGAAAGCGGGAGGGCGAUGACGACGACGACCGUUCACUUGUUACGAGGUUGAAGGGAGCAGCAAAGGAGGAUGAUCUCGAAGAGAGGUCGAAGUUGUGGGUUGAUUGCGACGCUUUCUGGGGUCAAGACCCGGGGAAACCUUUGAGGGAGGCGGUAGGCGACUGUGCGGACUACUUCGUCGUCAUCGCCAACAGAGACGGAGGAGUUGAACCGCCUUCGAUGCUCAUAAUGUCGUCGAAUGAUGUGCAGUGCUUCAAGAUCGACGACCCUGCGCAGCGUGAACCAACUCUGUGCAAAGCGCGCAGCGUGGAGAAACUGGUGUUGCGCACCAUCCACGGCUGGAUCUUCAAAUCGUCGUCGAGGUCGACUGGCUAGGCUCGUGCAGAGUCAUACAUCACCAUCGACUUCGCUCCAGACGUCGCACAAGCAGUUGACAGGGAUUUGAAUGGUCCAAAG